CACUCUGGCAGCAGAAAAAAGUUAAGUCGGUUGGGUUCAUCAUUAGGAGCUCCAUACAUCCAGAUUCAUUCUUGUGGUCUGAAAUUACUAUGGAGUGCCACCUGAGUAUUCAUCUGUUCUUUAUAAUCUACAUCAUUGGCUGUGAAGGAGGCCCAUACUUCAAUGAUGAUAAAGGUCUGACUCUCCACGACAAUAAGGAUUUAGACUGGAUGGCAAAGCGUGUAAACGACGAAACCCUGCUCUCAACAGUCACUAUUCCAGGCACCUAUCAAAGCAUGAAAAUAAAUACAUUCGAUCAACACCAGGUGUGGAAACUGGAAAAACAAUUUGAAGCAGGGGUCCGAUUUUUUGAUAUCAGCCUGAGUGACAAUGUUGUUAAAGAUGGUUCUCCCCGAAAAAGCAUGACAUUUCUAGAGGUCAUGAACAUCAUGAUGUCUCUCUUAGCUAAACACCAAAAAGAAACAAUUUUGUUGAGGCUGACCCCAGAGGACAAGAAGUCGACAAAGGCUGUUGAAGCUUAUAUACAAAGUCACAAAAACAAAGUGUGGGAUGAAGCAACUAUGCCCAAAAUGAGUCAAGUAAGGCAGAAGAUUGUGUUUGUUCAGAGUCCAAAGUUCAACAAAGGACUCAUGGUGCACAGCACUAAUGUCGGUGAGAAGAAGUUCAAGUCAACCGGUGAAAACAUGGAAAAGAUAAAAAAAUAUCUGCAGGACGCAAAGGAUAAAUGUUCUCAACAUUUGGCGUUGACUGAAACCACUGCAGAAAAACUGUUUAAAUCUGCUAGUAGUGUUGCCAAAGACUUAAAUCCUGAAAUCCAUAAAUACCUGGCUGACCUGCUGAAAGACCCAAAAAAACCAAAAUGUUUGGGGGUGAUCUCUGUGGACUUCCCCGGCCCAGAUCUCAUCAAGACCAUCUUCGAUUUCAACAGCGAUUCGGGAAGCUCGUCUGAUGGCUCUGCCGGAGCUGAAAACGCAGAAGCUCCUCCCCCACCUGAAGCUGAAGGUGAAUAA